AUGAAUCAUUCCAACUCGGCGACUAGUUACAGACCCUCCAGGCCUAUGUUAUGUCGUUAUUACAAUACGAAUGGAUACUGCUUUUAUGGCGAUCAGUGUCAGUUUGUCCAUGCGAAGCCUCCUUCGAACGACGUUCGUACUGGUAUGGAAAUACGAAAAACGUUUGUUUAUUGUCUCCCUAUAUUUCAUUUAAAACAAAUUCCCUCUUUUGCAUGCUUUCCCCUGAUCGCUGCACAACAUAAUUUCCUUUAAGUUCCCUAUGUACGCCAGGUGUCUGUUUGGUCUUUAAAACCAGUCGGCUAAAUAUCAUCCUAGCUGGUUAGAGCUCGUGAUUGGGCUUCAGUUCUAACUUUUUUAAAACGUUACAUUGCUUUUUUAAAUGUAAGGCCACUGCGAGAUACUUGUACAUCCUUUUUAGUUGGCUUGUUUAUUUAAUCCAGGCUGCUUCGUGUAGAAAAAUGGAUCUAGAUGUAUCAUUUUAUUUUGUGUGUAUUCGUUGGUGAUGCGUCCAGAUCUGUAAUGUUUAUUACAGAGUGAAUUGAAUUUGCAGUUCUCUCCUUCUGUUUUUUUUGUUUCCUCGGGUGCUUCUCUCCUUUAAAGUAAAACAAAUAACCGUUGACAGUGUUCUUUUAAUUGUCAUUAUUUCGAAAAGAGGCAAUGAAAGGAUUUGCAUUUUAUUUAAACUUAAUGCACAAUGAAUAAAAUCCAUUGGUAGCAUGCAUUCAUACAGAACUGUAGAUGUGUUUUCCAGUGACAAUCUGUUAUUAACGUAAGCUGCAAGCCUGCUGUAUUAUAGUAUAAGCUGAGCUGAGAUCUUCUUCAAUCUCAAUCCAGCUGACUUGAAUAAAACCCCGUUUACAUGUUAUGCCUGUGUUGCGAAAACCCAUAAAUCUUGAAAUACAUGUACCAGUUGUAUUGUAAAUUAAUUUUUUUGGUGUACUGAUGAAUUUUACAUCUUAACCCUUUAAGCCCCAAUAGUGAUUCAAAUGCAAUUUCUCCCAGCAAUAACACUGUAUGAUCAAACAGACAGGUGAUGAGAAUAAAUGAAGUGAUCACUGGUGAUGAACUGUUGUGAUGUUAGAACAAAUUCUCCCAAGCAGUACCAUAAGGAAUGUAUGAAGAACAUAACAUGUGGAGAAGAUGUGUUGGGGCUUAGAGGGUUAAUUGCAAACUCCCUAAUGCUUAGCAUUGUUCGUUUACUCUCUCAAGGUAUUUUCCAGAGGGCCAUAGUAGAGACCAUGUUAGUUUUCAUUUAGUUGCAAUUGGCCAACAUCAAUACUAUGUGACUGCUAAUGUUAUGCCAUUCCUUGAUUAAGCACAUUGGCCAUGUUUUUAUUUUCCUUUGUUUAGAAUUUUUUUUUAAACAAUGCUUUGUUAUCAUUUUCCUUUGUCUACAAUGAGUGGAACACAAAGUGAAAAAAAGUGUUGCGCAAAUUUCAAGCAUAAGUACAAAUGUAAUGUUUGAACCACAAAAUAUACAGCUGUACAUACACCAUGUACUCUUGCUUAUUUAACACAAUUACAGCUACAGACAAGAACUUUAAUGUUGGAAGCAAUAAUGCAAGCUCAUUUCAUAGAAGCUCAUCACUGCCAGCAUUUAAUUCUGCUGUCAACAAUGGCCAUCUUAGUUCAAAGGGCUUGCGAGGUGAUGGAGGAUUCAAGAGCAAUGCCUUGGGAACAACAACAAAUGAUAGCUUUGUUAGCGGAAUGGGACAGUUGUCAAUAUCAACAAAUAAGGUACCUAUUAAACAUUUUGUAACAACUCAAUUCAGCAUAAUGAAAAAUAUCAUUCAUCCUGGUUUGUGUAUGAUAGGGCUUCUUUAUCGUUAAAUGUUAAAAUGAUUAAAUGAUUUUGUCCUGCAAUAGUUUUUUCAUUCUUGGUAGCAAUGUUUUGAAUGCUUUAAUUACUGCAGGUCUUUAUUAUGUUUAAAAUGCACCAAUCGCCAAUGACCAUGUUGCUACAAAAAUUAUUGAUGGCAACAUGAUAACCCCUUACCGGUGGUCUUUAUGAGGGUUUACGAUAUUUUCGAUACAAAGUCAUUUCAAUUCAAGUUGUUUUGAUACAAGCGUGUUCAAUCAAGUUGUCUGUAGUUUGAAGAUUUGAAGAAAUAUUUUUAGAUCCAGAAAGUGACAAGCUGUUACAGAAAAGUUAAGCACCAGGGACUAAUUUAUCAAAACUUUUACAAGUGUAAAAAAUGUAAUUUACAAGUGUAGCUAUUGUUUUAUAGUCUAGAGAAAAUAGCCACACUUGUAGAUUACACUCGUAAAAGUUUUAUUAAAUUGACCUCAGAAAUAAUAACUUCUGAGUCAUCUGUUAAGUUCAUGUAUAUGUCACAAAGAAAUUUCCACUGUGGGAUUAAAAGAUAAUGACACAGAUACAAGUCUCUGUUGUUGCAUGUGCUCCUGGAAUUAUAACAGAAAACAUGGAUCAGUACGGUGGUCUUGAGUAAUUUGUUUAGUAGCCUGUGAACGCAGAUGUAUUUCCUGUCACCGCUUUAAUUUGUGCCACCAGAAAAGUACCGUUCGGGUGGAGAGAAGCAACGAUCGGAAAUACAUCUGCAUCUGCAGGCUAUAUGUCUUGAAUAGAUGUGUCUAGGAAUUCAUACCCACAGAUCCAAAUGCCAUAGCUGAACAUUGUGAUACAAUAUAACUCACUUAAAGUGAGUGAUAUACGGGUACUUGUACACUGAAUAAUAAUAAUUAUUGUAUAUCUAUGCAGAAGGAAAUGAUUUUUUAUUUCUCAUUACAGAUAGCUCCUGGGUCUCUUGGAGGACACGGGUCGCCUAUGUCUCCGUCUAAGAGGGCAUUCACAUCAUCAUUAGCCCCAGGAGGGCCAGUCUCACCACUUCAUUCUCCUAAACCAUCUCUUGGUUCACCCAAACCACAGCACAACCCACUAACUUCACAAGCAUUUGAAUUUCUGCCUUCUGCUGCUGUGAGUACAUUUAAAUUUGUGGAGUUGGUGAUCCUGUUCAGUUUUCAUUUCUUGUAGCUCUGUUUUUUAUGUGAGCCCAUUUUGCUACACAUAUAGAUCUUCCUAUUCCACUAUCAGCAGCUGCCUUUUACUGAAAAGUAAUGUAUUUCAAACACUCAUCGAUGAUAUUCAAAUAACUGUUGAGACUGCAAAGUCUAUCUGAAGGCUGUAAUUCUGAGGGUGUGCAUAAGUAGUUAAAAAAUUAUUAUUAAUAUUAAUUAACUAAUAUUAUAAUAUUAUUUCAAAUGCUUGCUGUAACACCUCAAUGUGUUGUUUACCUGUAUUUUACUUUAGAACCAGAGCCUGCCUCAGGCCCCCCUCCAUAGUCAAGCCCAGGCCCCGGGCCCUCAGCAGAUGGAAUCCAUAGGAGGAACAACAUAUUUUUACACUCAGCAAGCUCAACAGCAGCCUGCUGUGGUAACAAUUCUUUAUUCCUGUUUUAGAGUUAUUAGGGAGCUUAAACAAUAACCAUGUUGACAGCUACGAAAAUGUUACUUGCACUGCUUCAAUGUGUUGUGCGAUUAUUCCGUCUCAUUCAGUUUGUGAAAUGUUGAAAUUUUUCUGUUGUUGAAUUCUAAAAGACUGUUUCAAAGUUCAUAAAAAGUAGAAGAAAGUCAUUGUCUUGUGUUCACAUCCUGUAACAUAUACAAAAAAGCAUGACUCACAUGCAGAGUUGUUGUUUUGCCAAGCUAAACCUAUUGUUUUCUUUUUCCGUUCUCACUGCCAUCGCUAUCACCAUUGCUUAAGCAAAAAACCUCAAAUUUAAGUGCUGGCUACAAUAGAGUUGACUGCCAAGUUUAUGAGUUACAAUGUAGAACAUUGUUAGUUUCACUCUCCAUCUUUCCAAAGGGCUUUUGUACAAAAAAAUGUCUUUUUUACACCAGUGAACAAGUUAGUAGUAGCAAGCUAUAAUGGAUACAUCUAGCAUGGGUAUUAAAUCUUCCUUCCCAGUUUUAGACUUGAGGAAAAUAAGGUGUGAUCCAUGCAUGAAAGCAAGUUAAUGAAAAAAUGGACCAUUAUUAUUAAUUGUCAUUUUUCUGAAUGUUUUGACUUUUUUUCAGCUAUUUCCAUCAUACCAAGCAUAUGUAUCAGAACCGGCUCAUCUUGCACAUCUCCAAAGCAGCCAAUCAAGAAACAAUGCAUUUUCCAUGUCUGGUCAGAUAAGGCAGGUUAGGUUUGACCUUUUAUGAUUGUUGUCUUGGAGUUAAUGGCUCAUAGAUCGGAGUAAUAGUAAAUUUUAAACCAAUUAUUGCAAAACCUACCUCAAGUGAACACUUGUAGAUUUUGUAGAUGUAAUGGCUCAGUGGUUCAUUUAUUUCACACUUUUUACAGAGAAUAACAUGGAAAGAAAAAUAUAAUAUUAUUACAAUAGAUGAUUACAAAAAUAUAAUAAUUACGGUACAGACUCUAAAAUGUGUGUGGUGGUCAAAGCCGCGAAAGCUUUCUAGUUGACCACCAGUGCAUUUCGCACAUUAACAUUAACAAGAUUGUGUGUCCUGAUUUCAGGAACUGAUUCAUCAGCAUACCCUAAGCAUGGCACAGCUUGACCCAGAUGAUCAAAGUAAGUUAAUAUCUACUUUACAUUUUUAACAAUAAUGCUACAAUGUGUAUGAUAUUCAUGAAGAGGAGUCACCUCGAAAGGAAAUGAGAUCACCAUUUAAAGAAGAAGGAGAAGAAAAUGAUGACAAUGAUGAUUAGGAUGGUGGAUGAUGGUGAUGAUGACAGUGGUAGCGGUGGUGGUGGUGGUGGUUAUGAUGACGUUGAUGAUGAUGAUGAUGAUGAUGAUGAUGAUGAUGAUGAUGUUUUUGACGAUGAUAAUGAUUUUUUUUUUGAAGAGUGCAUUGAUGCCACUAAGAUUUCAAGUUGCCGGUUAAACACAACAACUAGGUGGGGGGUUAAAACAGCUAGGGAUUUUUUUUUGGUUUUAUUUUUCUUCUGUUUUCCAAUAAAAGUUGCCGGGGGCCACUAUCAUAGCAGCCAGGGGAAAUCCCUGGCCCCUGCCUCUUAAUGACAGUUCUGACAGUGGCAGACACAUAAGUACACUGUAUGUCUAUGACCGAAAGGUUAAAUUUUUCUCGUAAAUUGUGUGCUGAUAUUGAGUUACUUUCAUUAAAAGGUGUUCCACAGGAAGUAGAUAGCUAUCAUACUUUGUGCCCUAUAGAGCCCUUGGACACUCCAACAGACCAGGUUUGUUACUUAUUGUGCUAAUUAAUAAGUCCAUACCUGAAAAAACACUUUAACCACUAAAAGUACAGCUGUUACCUUUAUUUUUUGGAAGAAUUAAAAACGUUAUUUUUAGUUAAUCAGUGUUGGGCUACAUCUUCCAGUCAAGACUUGUACUUCCUUUCCUGCAUCAAGAUAUUACAGUUCACAUUUUUGUUUUGCUUUAGUAGUAUCUUAAGUCAUAUAACAAAAUUAAAAGCUGUUUUGUUACUUAUCACUUAAGAAAGGUGCCUUGGCCGCUCCCGCACAAGCUCAUAUCUGGCUCUUGUUGGAUUCUGACUCACAAAGUUCUUGUUCAUACAUGUACAUGCUCCAUGGAUCACAAGAGUAAAACUUAGAGUGCAAAUUUGUAAGAGCUACCUAAUCAAUGAGUGUUUAAUUUCUAAAUUAUUUUUAAAAGUAAACAACCAGUGUAACAUUAUGUUAGGUUCCUUGUUUCUGAUCCUAAUGAAGUUGUCUGUAAGGCUGUUGGAAGAUUUGUAACGUUUGUUUCUUGAGGUGAACUGUUGGUAGUGAGUGCCAUUUUGUCGUUGAACUACUUUGUAACCUUGUUUUUGUUUAUUUAUUCCUUAUGUUGCUCCGAGCUCAAUUUUUUUUCUAAGAAACCUUUUUGCAACUUGAAUGCAUAGAUUGGUUGCCAAACAUAAAAAAUCGCUGGCCAGAAAAAAAGAGAGGGACACUUUGUGCAAUAUUACAUGGAGGCUUUGAAAUAAUGAAAAUGGUCACUUAAUAAUCACAAUGAAAUUUGAUGGUACAUGCAGUGGCAUCUCAAAAGCUUUUAACCCUGACAACUGGGGAAAAAGAGACAAAUAACUAUUAUAAAGAAAAUAGAACAUAAAUAAUAUAUGAUGCGAAUGAUUACCUCACUGUAGUGUAAACAAAGACCAUGAAUGCAACUAAUAAAAAAUACAGCUUGGCUCUUGACUGCCAAAAACCAGUUUGCCAAAUUGGUAUCGUUCACAGUAAUUUUAGUCACCAAAAUAUUUUUCUCCUUGCUUUGGCGACCAAAAUGGUUGCAGUUUGGAGCACUGACCAGUACUCAGAGAGUUAUCGUACUGGCCCUGGUUGUUCAAAAGUUGGAUAACAUUAUCAACCGGAUAAAUCUCUAUCCAGUGGAUAGCGCAAUUAUUGGUUUCCCACAUACUAUCCGGUGGAUAGUGAUUUAUCCGGUGGAUAGCCCUAUCCAUCUUUUGAACAACGCGGGCCAGGUUGUAAAUGUUUUUCUUCCUUUUUUGGUAAAGGCCCAGAGGACAUUUGGUUACAUGACAACUUGUUACAAAGCCACAAAUUCUAAAGAUGGGCUUACUUAUGUCCUUCGAAGAAUUCACUGUAAGUAUAUUGACAAGAAACUCGUACAGCAUUAAAUGCAGUAAAGACAGGCGGUUCCACAACUGCUAAAACUUUCAUAAACUGGUUCCCUGUGUGACUUAAAUAUUUUAAUUAACCAGUUCAUUAUGACUUUGUAUUAUCUGUUUUUUCUUAAUGUCAUAAACAACAUGUGCAUGGUUGAUAUUUUUUUUUUACUUCUCAGAACGGCAAACACGACCUGAUUUCUAAACAUUUAUCCACAGCAGAAUCUUUGAUUUUUAGGAAAUCAGGAAUUGCCAUCUAGAAACUAAAACAAUGGGCCACUUUUGAGUUCCAAAAAACCCUCACUUUCAUAUUGAGGAGUUUUAUUUGCAUGAGAAUGAAAAAUCAUUUCCAUAUCAAAGGCUGAGCACUUAAACUCGUUUUGAUUCAGCGGCCUGGGGGAACUCGGAAAUGGUCACCUAUUGCUUGAAGAUCUCAUAGUCAAUUUGUUUUGAACAAGUUUGUUUCAGACUCAUGCUCAACUGUACAUAAAUUGCAGAAGCAGACAACCUUUUUAAGCAUUGAUUUAAUGGUUUUUUUCCUCUCUUUCAGCUUUUCGACUUGUAAAUGCAAAAUCCAUGGUCCUUGUGGAUCAGUGGAAAAAAGUCAGUCAUUCAAAUCUUGUUAGUCUCCGAGAAGUCUUUACAACAAAGGCAUUUGGAGACAACUGUAAGUACGCUAACAAGAUGCAUUUUUGCUAUGUUGUUGUUGUUUUGCAACCAGUGGAUGUUUAUAAAGAGUUUUGAAGAGUGAUAGUUUGGUCGAGAUGAUUAUGCUACAUGGCUGUAGCAAGAAAACAGGAUAUUGAUCAUUUAAUUGAACGACAUCUCACCAUUUCUGCACUUCAAAAACAUGUUGUUUUUUUUAAGCCACGGGAAUUUCAUCUUUCCCAAACCAUCCUUUAUCCUUCAAAGUUUAGUAAUUUCUAGAUCUGUGCUUCUUCAGUUUAACCAAAGUAAUAUUUCUGAUGACUUGCGCUUUGAAAAGAAAUUCCUAACUAUUCGUCGAAAUCUGGACCAACAAGCUAAUCUAGCCUUGACAGUUAAAAAAAACCUUGGCUGUUGUCAUUAUACUUGCAAAAGAACACAACAUUUUUAAUUCCACCGUUUACACAUACUAUUUAUUUAAAAAAAAUACUAGCAUCGACAUAAAAUAAAUGAUCAGGAAUGGUAAAUUGCAUCGCGGAGUCGCGUUUGCAAUUUGCACAAAUCCGUUCCAUUUACCGAAAAACGGCCGCUAUGGCCUGAAACUGGUAUCAAAGAUGGCUUUGAAGAAAUGGAACACGGAUUUCCGUUUAGGAAAUUCCGUCCACAAAACAGGACUACCUUUUCAGUUGUUCCGCUGCUUCGGCAGAUUUUCCGCGGGAACGACCCAAAAAGUCUUGUACCAUGAUCUUAUACUUUCCAAAUGGAUUUUCCGGAAACUUUUUCAAAAUGAUAAACAGUUAUUAUCUCGAAGUUUCACUUGGCAACAUCCAUUAAGUGUUUAAUGUUUCCAUUUCACAGCGCUCAUAUUUGUCUAUGACUUCCACCCGGGAGCAGAGACUCUUUUAAUGAAGCACUUUUCUGGUCCCGAUUCCAAUCUUGGUGUUGGCCCCGAUGGUUCAUUAUUAUUCCCCUCGACUUCCCGCCCCCUGGGGGUACAUAGCAGACAUAGACCGGGUCACCGUAGUCCGAUGCCUGAGCGACUUAUUUGGAGUUAUAUCAUCCAGCUGUCCUCUGCUUUAAGGACAGUUCACGCAGCUGGAUUAGCCUGUAGGGUCAUUGAUCCAUCCAAGAUCUUAUUAAUUGGAAAUUCAAGGUAAGUUGCCGUAUUUUUCGACUAAUGGUGUUCAAAAGCGAAGUAUUUGUAGUAUAGAAAACCGCCACAUGGGUCUGUAAUAUUAACACACUUCAAUCAUGGCCGCCUUUUCACUAAGUAACAACAUUUAUGCGCGCUCUCUCCUUUUUAAUAGGGACCUUAAAGGGUCUUUGUCACGGCAGUCCAGUUCAUUUUGUUUAAUUUUGCCAAUUGCUCGCCCGUAAUCGCUAUGGAACUUAAUGUAAGCAAAGAAAUUACAUGUGAAUGACAAAAUCAAAGAUUCGAGACAAAUAGAUAUGUCUCUUGAUCAUUAUAUUUGAAAUUGCAAACAGCAGAGAUCAACUUUGAAAAACUGUUGGACUGAACAGUUUUCAAAAACCCUAAUUUCAAUCCGUUUCAAUCUUCUUCAGUUUUGCCCAUCCGUUGAAUCUGUUGUAUCUGUUGUGUUAUUUNUCCUUUUUAAUAGGGACCUUAAAGGGUCUUUGUCACGGCAGUCCAGUUCAUUUUGUUUAAUUUUGCCAAUUGCUCGCCCGUAAUCGCUAUGGAACUUAAUGUAAGCAAAGAAAUUACAUGUGAAUGACAAAAUCAAAGAUUCGAGACAAAUAGAUAUGUCUCUUGAUCAUUAUAUUUGAAAUUGCAAACAGCAGAGAUCAACUUUGAAAAACUGUUGGACUGAACAGUUUUCAAAAACCCUAAUUUCAAUCCGUUUCAAUCUUCUUCAGUUUUGCCCAUCCGUUGAAUCUGUUGUAUCUGUUGUGUUAUUUAAACCUUCCUUUAAUGUUUUAAGUGGUUAUUUUUAUGUUUCUCUUGAUCUAACGGGCAUUUUGUAAUGACCUAAUUUGGCUGAAUUUCGUGACACAGCUCCUUUAAGCAACGACGACGACGACGGCAGCUAAAACGUCGCCAAAAAAUGAAUUUUGCGUUCUUUCAAACUUAAUGGCGUCUAUUUGGACCCGCUCAACAUGUCAAAUGCUGGCGACUUUUCAUGCAGUCGAAUUCUUAAGGAUUUAAUUCAGGUUCAAAAAGAGGAAGGAGAUUCGUCGUCGUAUGUCCACGUCGUGCACAAAAUGUCAAAUUGGGAGGUUUCACGUCGUAGUCGUGGAGCCCGGGGGGGGGGUACUCCCGCGAAUUUUGGAUAGGGGUGUGUCGCGAAGGUUCGUGGACCCUAACCCUAUUUAAGGACUAAGAAAGCGAAAACUGAUACCCUUUUUAAGGCCGAAAGCCGAAAAAUGACACCCUAUUCAAGGAAAAAACAAAAUUAUUCAUAGCAUGAAAAGGAAAACUUUAUUUCUUCUCUGUAACAUUGGAUGUAUAGCAUCAAGCAUAAAAUACUAGAAUAAGCCUAAUUUUAAAAAAAAUGUUCGUUUAGGCGGGCGUUUUCACACUCCAGUAUUAGAUACUACAAUUAAGCUACCCUAUCUAAGGACCACACCAGGGACACAGUAACAAAAGCGUCAAAAAAGAUACCCUAUUUAAGGACCGAGAACCUCAAAAACCGUACCCUAUUCCGCGGCACGUACCUAUAUAGCCUAUAUGUGGGAGUACCCCCCCCCCCCCACCGGGUCGUGGAGUGGACGUCAAAGAAAUGUACUAAAGAGCGUGAUGCACGUGCAAAGCUGUUGUUUUGAUCAUUAAACCUAUUGGUUUUUUGAAGUUGUCGUUGCGAUCGUCGUUGCAGUUGCUUAAUCUGCGUAAUAAGUCCCGGAUGUGAGUCACGGCAAACCGCUCUACAGUACAGUACUUCUAGCCCGCGUGUCGCCGCGUGGCAAACACUCGAAGGGAGGCGCGGAGUGAGAGGGAAACAUCGCGCGGGUGAGAUCGCGUAGGGUAUGCGCGAUUUGCCCCUUUCUUCAUCCUUCCUAAACACGGUGAUGAAACUGGACUUGCUCCCUAAUUGAUAUCAACCCCUUCAUUAUCCACCCAGCUCAUGAAACGCUGUCCACACUAUAUGUAUCACGGUCUACGUGCCCGCCUCUUUACAAACAGCAGUGUAGGGUCUUUUGCGACCCACAAGAAUCAGAACAGUGAAAGACCUGUGAGAUUUGGCCUUCGGUUUUUCGCCUUUAUUCACCCUUGAAUGUCUACAAAAAAGGUUAACGUGUUACUUACAAACUACUGACCCUCAAAUAAACACCGUACCCUUAACAAGAACACAGUGUUCAUUUCAAGUGCGUAAAUUCAAGGUCGGAAGUAAUUCGAAUAGUGUCAACGUCAUUAUGUUGAACAGAUUUUCCUUUAAAUCAACAGCGAAAACGUUUUCGUUUGGACGUAUUGCGUGCGAAUGAACCAUGGAAUAAGCCAGGGACUGGUUAAGCUCUAUAGACAAAAGUGCAAUAAUACGAAAAAAAAAUGCUUAUUAGAGAAUACAUCUCAAAGCAACAAAGAAAAAGAUGGGGAAAAGAGCAAUUCAAACUGUUUUAUCCUUUAUAUUUUCAGACUCAGAAUAAACGGCUGUGGGAUAUUCGAUGUUCUUAGUUUCGAUGCUAGUAACAGUCCAAACGCUAUGAUUCCUCAUUUUCAGGUAAAUGACUUAAAUUUCAUUUCUUCUUCAAGUAAAAACUUGACUCUAUUUUAAUUUUGUUGUUAUUUCCAACCUUUCUUAAAACCGCCCAUCAAAAGACCACUUUUUUCGGUUUCAGCAAGAGGAUUUGACAUCCCUUGGUAAGCUGAUCUUAGCCUUGGCCUGCUACUCCCUCCAGGCCGUUCAGCGGGAGCACAUUCAGCAAUCAUUAGAGUACAUGGCGAUGAAUUACUCAGCUGAUCUGAAAAAUCUUAUCAUGUAUGUACAGUCUAUUCCUUAACCUUACAGGAAGUAGUUUGUAAUUACUUUGGUUUUGCAUUGGCACGCUCUGUGAUUGGCUGAAAAAUUUCGCGCCACCUUCUCAACCAAUCAGAAAAAAGUGACUUGUGCGGGUUCGUUUUCCCGUGGGGUGGGUUUUUUUUAACUUCUAAAUCUGAUUGGUUAAUUUGAAUUUCUACGCAUAUUAUGAUUGGUCAAAAUACUUAAUUUGGUUUUACCUCUGUUGCCCAGUCUUGGGCACAGAGAGAAAGAAGUGGGGGUACUCACUUGUGAAGAGGAACUAAACUUGUAAAUUGUACUAAGAUGGGUACAUCUAUGGGGUGAUGAUGGUAGAAGUAUUUUCGGUCUAAACUGUAGAAUACACCUACUAUUGUUUUCUAUUUCUCAGGUUUUUUGGGGUUUUUUUUGCACUUUUGUUAAAUAAGAUUUGAGAGAUGAAAUAACCCUGGGUACGAAUUGACCGGUUUGCCGGGUUUUUUGUAAGUCACUUUUCUGUGAUCUCGUUAGAUAUCUCCUCAGCAGUCCCCUUCCAGCGCACAUGAAGAGUGUGAAUGAUGUCAUGCCAAUGAUUGGCGCUAGGUUUUACACGCAGCUGGAUGCAGCACAAAUAAAGUGCGACAUUUUAGAAGGAGAAUUAGCCAAGGUAAAGUGAACGUCUUUAAUUCUUGUAAGCUUAAUCUAAAUCUAAAACUGUGCAAAGGUCCCGCAUGGGAUAUAUGCGCACAGUUUCUUGUGUAACUUCAUUACACAGCCAAUAAAAGGAGCGAUGACUUCCCCAAAACAGUCCCAUGGUGCCGCGCAGUCUCAAAAAGGCCUAUUAAGGUCAACAGCUAGUUGUAAUUUUCUCUCCUUAUAUGGUAGAAUAUCCCAAGUGGCACAUGGCAGUUGAAGAUUAAUACGUCAUCUCUUUAUUCUCUUUUGUUUUGUAGGAAAUGGAAAACGGCCGACUUUUCAGAGUACUCUGCAAGAUGGGAACUAUCAACGAACGGCCAGAGUAACUAAUCUUGUUUUGUUUAUAGAUUUUCUUUAGUAACGUAUUCACAUACAAUGAUAAAAGAGUGCUGAUGCCUUAAGGAUAUCUUCGGAAAUCGCUUUUUUAGAUUCAGUAAACUUGGGAUGACUGUCGGUAUGAUAUGUGAAGGAGCUGGGACGGUGGCCCUUGACGGCGGGAGCCAUGAAAUAAUAUUGAAGCUUUUUUUUCUUAAUUACCUUUACUACUGGGAGCUUUCUACGAAACUCUCUUGCGUUCUGAACUAGAUGAAGCUGUCUGUCUCGCCUGAAUACCACUAAGAUAGUACAAUGGCUAUAGGUUUUGCUGAAACCUUUUUUGCGUGUUAACCCAAUCUAAGACAAAUCUUCCUCCAAUUUUUUUGUCUAUUUAUGUGUAGAAUGUAGGCUGAGUGAUUUUUAUCUAAAUAGUCGAUGGUAUUGUAGUGUUAAAAAACUUUGAAGGCGGCGCGUUAGACUGGGUUGGUCUUAUGUCGAAUUGUACUGUGGGACAGUUUUUGGGGACUGGCCAUUCACUACUUACACAUGGACCAUAAUGCACCUUGUUUCCUACCCCGUGGCCUCUGAGUCAAUAGCCCAUUCAGCCUUAAGCCUCAUGGGCUUUUGACUCAGAGCCCAUGCGGGCUCAGGAAUAAUUGUUAAAUAUUGAGAGUUUUUUCGCGCAUUUCUUAACUCGUCCCCACUCCUUCGCAGGUUCAGCAUGGAUCCAAGCUGGUCGGAGACUGGUGACAGGUAUCUAUUGAAGCUUUUUAGGGACUAUCUGUUCCAUCAAGUGACGGAGAACGGAGCACCAUGGCUAGACUUGGCUCACAUAGUUGCGUGUCUGAAUAAGGUCAGUUUGCAGAAAAUACGCAGUAUUUAGUAAAUCGGAUCGUUUUUUAAUCACCAAAAUUAAAAUUUUUCCGUCUUUGCUUUUUGUUAAGUCCAUAGCCUGCAUGUAGUCGUUUGCGCGGUCGAGCAAAAAAUACAGGAGCGGGAGGGUGGGGCGGGUAAAGAUUAUUUGAAUCUCUGUUGUUGUGUAAAAAAAACGUAGGAGACGGGGUGGCUUAGGUGGGAAAAGAGCAUUGUCACUCCUUUACCCCCCUCCCCGUCCCCAACAGCUUCUUCACACGCUUCCAUGCAACAGCAUUUUCCUUAGAAUCUUUUUUCAAGUAAUUCAGCGAUAGACUUUUAGAAACUCCUGCCUAUUGCAAAUAGCCUGUGAGCCAGCUCUCCCGGGGGUACAGAGUGCCCUGGAGAGUUUGCUCACUGAAGGUCCUGCUGGCAGUCGAUCGAUACGUAAUCUGUUUUUUGUUUUUUUGUUUUUUUUUUCAGCUGGAGGCAGGUACAUCAGAGAAAGUUUGCCUCGUCUCUCGCGAUGAACAGUCGGUGUUAGUGGUAUCUUACCGCGAUCUGAAGACCUGCUUUGAGGGUGCCUUUAACGAAAUCCUUUCUGCGUCUUUGACGUAA